CGGCGUCGGGGUUUAACCGGGGAUGUUCAGCUCUUCUGCGUAUAUGCUCCUUCCUACAAGAUGUACAUACUAAAACCCUAACAAAGAUUCGACCCGACUCCGCUAAUUCAACUGAGAAGUAGAAGGAAAAUGGGUCGACCCGAACCGUGUGUGCUCUUCGCCCAGACAUUCGUUCAUCCCCUACUGGAUGAAUACGUUGACGAGGUGUUAUUUUCAGAGCCUGUUGUCAUUUCUGCCUGUGAGUUUCUUGAACAGAAUGCAUCAUCUGCAUGUUCAGCAGUGCCACUUGUUGGGGCAACAUCACCUCCUUCAUUUGCCAUGGAGGUUUUUGUUCAGUGUGAAGGGGAGACAAGGUUUAGACGAUUAUGCCAGCCUUUUUUGUAUUCUCAUUCUUCAUCAAAUGUUCUUGAAGUUGAGGCAGUAGUCACCAAUCAUUUGGUUGUUAGGGGCAGCUAUCGCAGCCUGAGCUUGGUCAUAUAUGGAAAUACUGCAGAAGAUCUUGGCCAAUUUAAUAUAGAAGUUGAGCUGGACAACUCUUUAGCAAAUACUGUUAGUGCUGUUGAAGGAAAUCUUGAUGACCUUCCACCUGCAUUACGUCCAACUAAUGUCACUAUGCUGGAGAAUUUGUCUCCAUUGAAAUCAUUAUCUUUAAAAGUUCCCCGGCUUGAUAUUCCUAUAGAGAUCAAACAGUUCUUACAACUUGCACUUAAAAUUUUGGACUGUCAAAAUCUUGGACAUGCAACUGAUAGACUUCUUAGUUCCAUAUUAUCAGUUGCCUCAGUCUACACAACUUCUUGCCUGCAUUCUACAGUUACCAUCAAUAAGCAACUCAGACCAGAUAAGAGUGAUGGCGAUGUUCAUAAUGUCCUUAUUGAAGCCGGAAAAGAGCUUUCUGAGAUAUAUAAGGACCUUAAUUCUCAAUCUGGGAAUGAGUUAUCAGAAUUUUCUACUGAGGGUGUGCAUACAGUGUUGGGGGCAGAUAUUGCUAGUACUGAACAGCUUGUUGAUGCACUCAGUCAUUACUUCAAAGAUGGUCAAGGUAUUUGCAAUGACAGCAAUUCUGGGCUUUCAAAGAAGGAGAAUACUAUUCUUUGGUUAGCUCUGGCUGUUAUCUUGUGUUCUACCAGAGAAAGCUGCUUUCACUUUGUUAACUAUGGUGGAAUGCAGCAACUUGGAUAUGCUUUUAGACACCACAUGCAGAAUUCAACUGCUCUGAAGUUAAUGCUUCUUGGAGUUAUUGAGCAGGCUACUCAACAUUCAGUUGGCUGUGAAGGUUUCCUCGGAUGGUGGCCUCGUGAAGAUGAGAAUAUCCCUUCUGGUAUUAGUGAUGGCUAUAAUCAACUAUUGAAGUUAUUGUUGAAGAAUCAGCGGCAUGAUGUUGCUCUGCUCUCAACAUAUAUACUUCAUCGAAUGCGCUUCUAUGAAGUGGCUUCCAGAUAUGAGCAUGCUGUAUUAUCCAUACUGGAUGGUCUCUCUGUGGUUAGUCAGGUUAAGAGUGACAUUUUGGACAUGCUUGCCAAUGCUAAAGUCCAGCUCAAAAAUCUCUUGAAAUUAUUAAAUUCCUGUUGCCCUAUUGAAGAUCCUUCUCCGGUUGCUUGUGCGAGUAGAUCUUUGCUUCUUGGUGAUGCUGGACAGCUGUCAUAUAAAUCUACAAGUGGCUUGGUUUCACUGUCCAAUUGUUGCUACCCUAACAAGGAUGUCGAUACACAUUUGCUUUCUCUUCUAAAAGAGAGGGGUUUCCUUCCUUUGUCUGCUGCUUUGUUGUCAUCUUCCGCUCUACAAUCUGAUAAAGGUGGCAUGCUGGAUAUUUUCGUGGAUAUUGUGUCAUAUUUAGAGGCCAUAAUUCUUUCACUUAUCUCUUGCCGUUCAGGACUAGUUUUCCUUGCUAGCAAUCCUGAACUGUCUACCACAAUAAUUCAUGCCUUAAGGGGUACUUAUAACCGGAAGAAGGAAGAGUCAGUUUGUCUUCGCUAUGCCUCUGCCUUGAUUUCCAAGGGUUUCUUUCGUCACCCGCAUGAAGUUGCAAUGAUAGUGGAGAUGCAUUUGAAGGCGAUUAAUGCUGUUGAUCUUUUAGUAACAUCGAAUUUGAACUCAACAUCAAAUCUCAACUCUGAGGACUUCUUAUGGAUAUUAUGGAAGCUUUGUGGUCUUUCCCGCUCUGAUGGUGGACGUGAAGCUUUGUUAGCUUUGGUGCAUUUUCCUGAGGCAGUUUCAGUUUUAAUGGCAACACUACACUCUGCAAAGGAAUUGGAUCCAAGCUCCGUAAAUAGUGUUGCUUCACCAUUAAACCAUGCAAUCUUUCACUCUGCUGCUGAAAUAUUUGAAAUCAUUGUUUCCGAUUCAACUGCAUCUUCUUUGGCAUCUUGGAUUGAUCAUGUGAAGGAACUGCAUAAACUAUUACUGUCUUCCUCCCCUGGUUCAAACAAAAAGGACGCUCCAGCACGACUCUUGGACUGGAUUGAUGCUGGCGUAGUUUACCAUAGAAGUGGAGCUAUUGGUCUUCUACGGUAUGCUGCUGUGUUGGCUUCUGGAGGGGAUGCACAUAUGGCCUCAACAAGUGUUUUAUCAUCUGAUGUGAUGGAUAUUGAUAAUUUUAUUGGCGAUUCUUCAAGUACUUCUGAUGGUAAUCUGAUUGACAAUAUUCUUGGAAAACGCAUCACUGAAAAAGAUUUUCCAGGUGUCAUUCUUCGUGACUCAUCUGUUGUUCAAUUGACAACUGCAAUCCGACUUUUGGCAUUCAUUUCUGAUAACAUGACUGUUGCUGCUGCACUUUAUGAUGAGGGUGCUGUGAUGGUUGUUCAUGCUAUUUUGAUAAACUGUAGGCUCUUGCUUGAGAGAUCAUCUAAUGUCUAUGAUUACCUUGUUGAUGAGAGUACGGAAUGCAAUUCAACUUCGGACAUAUUGCUUGAGCGUAAUCGUGAACAGAGCCUAAUUGAUCUACUCAUUCCUUCUUUGGUGCUGCUGAUUAAUCUUUUGCAGAAGUUACAGGAAGCAAAGGAGCAGCACAGAAAUACAAAACUAAUAAAUUCCCUUGUACAGUUGCAUCGAGAAGUGAGCCCAAAGUUAGCUGCCUGUGCAGCAGAUCUAUCUUGCCCUUGUCCCAAAUUGGCACUUGGUCUUGGAGCUGUUUGCCAUCUUCUUGCAUCAGCAUUAGCCUGUUGGUCUGUUUAUGGGUGGACUCCUGGCCUUUUCCAUUUCCUCCUUGACAGUCUUAAUGCAACUUCAGUUGUAGCACUUGGUCCAAAGGAAACCUGCAGCCUUUUGUGUCUUCUGAAUGAUCUGUUUCCAGAUGAACGUGUCUGGCUUUGGAAAGAUGGAACACCCAUGUUGGCUACACUUAGGGCAUUGGCUGUAAGGACACUGUUAGGACCUCAGAAGGAAGAAGAAGUUAAUUGGUACCUACAGCCUGGACACAGUGAGAAACUACUUGCCCAGUUGACACCACAACUUGGCAAAAUCGCUCAGAUUAUUCUGCAUUGUUGUGUUAGUACAUUGAUCGUGGUGCAAGACAUGCUGCGAGUCUUCAUUACUCGUAUCGCAUACUUAAGCACUGAUAAUGCUUCAGUACUUGUACGGCCUAUUAUAUUGAAGAUCCAUGAUCAUCUUUCUGACCACUCAAUAUUGUCAGAAGUGGAUACCUACAAGGUUCACCACCUGCUUGUUUUUCUCUCUCUUCUAUUAGAGCAUCCACAAGCUAAGAAAAUUAUGUUAAAGGAUGGUGCUGUUCAGAUGCUAAGUGAAGUGCUUCAGAAAUGUUUAGCUGUUGUCAGUUUAGAUCCCAAAGUGUUCCUAGAGAACAGAAAUGUUAGUGGCAAAGUGACUUCAGUAGUCAGUUGGUGCAUCCCAGUUUUCAAGUCCAUCUCACUAAUUUGUGAUAGUAGAACACAUGGACAAAGUAUUUCAGUUCCUGAUAGGCACAUCUCUGAAACUUUUACAGCUAAGGAAUGUAUCUUAGUCCUUACAUAUCUUCUCACAUUUUGUAAGAUACUGCCAGUUGGAAAAGAAUUGCUCGCCUGCCUCUCAGCUUUUAAAGAAUUGUGUUGUUCUGCAAGAGGAAAAAGUUCUUUGCUUUCCAUUUGUCAGCAUAUUCUGUUAAGUAAUGAGGAUCGUGAGUCUGAGAGUCGGUUUGCAAAUAUUCAUGACAUCAUCAACACAUUUGAUUGGAAGGAUUAUCCUCCAUUGGAAUAUUGCUGGCGUUUGGUGUUGAGCUCAGUUGCUUCAAAGAAUGUUUCUCUCGCAUAUACUGUUGAGGCUAUUGGAACACUAUCAUUGGGUUCUUUGUACUUCUGCAUGGAUGCAGACAGUGUGAACCUGGAGAGGGUUGAAGCAAUGCAGUACCUUGUUGGUUUUAAGAAUGGGAGUAGCCCACCGGUACUUUGUGAGGAGAGCAUGAAAUCUUUUGAGAACUAUACCAGUUUGUUUGGAUCAAUGGGAAAUGAUGAUAUGUAUUCUGUGGGUUUUGACAAGGCUUAUCUGGACCACGUCAAGGAGUUAGCAAGGUCACUAAUGCUUUUGUUGCAUGGACCUACUGGCACUGUGAAGGCAAAUGAAAUUGCCAGCAUCCUUUCCACUUCACCUAUUGAUACUACAGUUUGUUCUAAGAUUCAUAAACUUGUAGAUGGAAGUGUUGGAAGAAUAGAGGACGAUAGCUUAGAUGAACAUGGAGACAAUUUUCUGUGGGAGUGUCCUGAAAAUUUGCGAGAUAGGUUGACGCAAACUGGGCUUGCCAGUAAAAGGAAAAUCUCCUCAAUGGAGGGGUCAAAUAGGCGUGCCAGGGGAGAUGCUUCCUCAGCCGAGACUGCUGCACCAGGUGCAUUCUCAAGGGGGUCUGUACCCCCUGUUGUUGUUUCUGGCCCUACUCGAAGAGAUACUUUCAGACAACGAAAGCCCAACACUAGCAGACCUCCUUCCAUGCAUGUUGAUGACUAUGUUGCAAGAGAAAGAAAUGCUGAUGGGUCCAACAAUUCUAAUGUCAUUGCUGUGCCAAGAAUUGGAUCUUCUAGUGGGAGACCACCAUCUAUUCAUGUAGAUGAAUUCAUGGCCCGACAAAGGGAGCGUCAGAAUAGUGUGGGGUUGCCAGUUACUGAUGUUGCUGCUGCACAAGAGAAACUGGCUCCUGUUGAGAAUAAAGCAGAUGUAGAGAAAUCAACUAUGCCUCGCCAGUUGAAACCUGUUCUUGAUGAUGACCUUCAGGGAAUAGAAAUUGUUUUUGACGCUGAGGAGGCUGAACCUGAUGAUAAACUGCCUUUCCCUCAGCCAGAUGACCAUCUACAACAACCUGGAUCUGUCAUUGUUGACCAAAAUUCUCCUCGUUCAAUUGUUGAAGAGACUGUGAGUGAGGUGAAUGAGACUAGACAGUUUUCUCGUGUGGGUACUUCCAAGGUAUCUAACCCCGCCGAUGAAAAUACACACAGUGAAUUUUCUUCUUCACGGAUGUCAGUUUCUCGUCCUGAGAUGGCAUUGACACGAGAGCCAAGUGUUUCUUCGGAUAGGAAGUUCAGCGACCAGUCUGAGGAACCAAGGAGUUCCACGGUAAAAACUUCCAAUGGGUUCGAUUCUCUGGGAAAAGCUGUUAGUACUGGUGCAUUUCCCAAGGCUUCUGCUUCACCUCUACAGACAACCGUUGACUCUCACUCAACAGCAAAUAUUUAUACGAGAACUACUGGAGGACAAAAUCCCGCUAUUGCUUCUCAAGGAUAUUAUGAUCAGAAAUCACAACCACCAAGUCAGGCCCCUUUACCUCUAAUGCCACCUCUAGCAACAACCUCAUCUGUAUUUUCAAAUCCUGCAGAUCACACUGUUCAACCAGACUAUUUGUCUGCACGGAACAGCAAUUCUGCUUCUACGACCUCCAGUCCUUUGCCAGAUUCCAAGUAUGGUCGUACAACACUCUCUUCAGCUGGUGGAUCCACCAGACCUUUUCCACCACUUCCACCAACACCACCUCCUUUUGCAGUUCCUACUAGCUUUUCCUCAUUAAAACCUUCCGCUUCACAGUCUCCGGUCUAUAAUCAGAAUGUUUCUGGUACAACUGAGCUUCAGCAGACCUCAGCAAGCGAUGCUCGACUGGCUAAUCUUGCAGCUUCUGGGCCCAUACUGACCACUUUCUCUCCCCCUCCUUUAGCACCUCCCUUACUUUUCAGUAGACCCAGUUCAAUCCCUGUUAAUCCCUAUGGAAGUAACUCAGCUCCACACCAUAUAGAAAGCCUACCCAGUAACGCACAAAAUCUUCCUGCUUCCUUGCCUUCCAUUCACUCUUUACCAUCUAUUGCUCAAUUGCAGCCAUUGCAGCCACCACAACUUCCUCGUCCACCAUCACAGCAUCUCAGACCAUUCAUGCCAGGUUCACUGCAGUCAGACCAGGGAGUUUCAUUGUUACAGAGCCGAAUGCACAUGCAAAUGCAACCAUUACAGAUGUUACAUCAACCCCAACUUUCUCCAGGUCAUGUAUAUUAUCAGACCCCCCAACCACAGGAGAAUAUUUCACAUUCUCUACAGCAACAGCAACUGCAGCAGCAGCAGCAACAACAACAACAACAUGAUCAUCUUCUGCCACAAGGUUCACGUCAACAAGGUGAUUCCCAGCAACAAGAUUCUGGGAUGUCAUUACAAGAUUUCUUUAGAUCCCCAGAAGCUAUUCAGUCUCUAUUGAGUGACAGGGACAAACUCUGCCAGUUGCUUGAACAACAUCCAAAGCUGAUGCAGAUGCUUCAGGAUAGAUUAGGCCAAUUGUAGGCGUACGUUUUAUUUGCUCAAAUUCAGAGCCUUGAGAAUGUCAAAGGGCGGGCAGUCUUCAAAUUGGAGCGAAUUCAGCACUGCCAAAUCCCCUGUUGGUUUCAACUCUCUGCGGGUUGUCUAUACCAUGUUGUAUCAAAUAUCUAUCAUAUAUUAAUUGAUGUAUUAAAGUUUUGAUUCAAUGUACUGUAAAUUCUGUGUAGCAUGUACAUUACUGUUAACUUUCGGUAGCUACUACCUAGACAUUCUGCACAAAAGCAUGUGUUCUCCACACUUUACCUUAGCCUGAUUUAGUUUGAGCCAACUAAAAAUAGAUCAGAGGUAAGGUAGAGAUAUCUCUCAACAUUGUUAAAUACUACUGUCUGUAAGGCAAGUAUGGAUGGACAAGUUAGACGUAUUUUGGGUUAACCGAGUUUCCACACAAA